GUCAAACAAACUGAAGAAUAAUUCUUUGAAACUACUUCACUCGCGCAUUGACGUUACUCGAAGUGAGAGUACUAAGAGAAUAUUAUUUUGCCGAAGAUUAAUAUUUUCAAACACUGAAUUCAAAUCGCAUUUUACUUAGCGCAUACUUGAAAAUGCAGGCGUUAAAUGUAUUUCUAUUGUUGGCCCUCAUCGGAAGUGUUUGCGGAAACCCGAUCUUUUUUGACGAAGACGCAACUUUAGAAUCUGAUUCACUUCCAAAACUAGGGCUUCCACCACAGAUGGUGCAGCGUUCUCUUCGCUAUCCUUCGAGUGCCUCAAGCCCUUCUUCAGAAGUUGGUUUCCUUUCAGGACUUUCACCGCAAAUGCAGUUUUUGGAGUACCUCGUGUGUGAAAUCAUACCUCAGCUUAUCAGCUAUACAGAUCCUAACAGCUCUCUACCCGCAAUAAUAAAUUCUGUCUGCAACUCAAUCUCGUACGAGUACAUAGCCAGAUAAAGAAUACAAAGAAAUAUAUUACAGGUGAGUUAAUUUUCUUACAGGAGGGACACCUUCGUUUAUUGCUACUGUAAUGCACUGUUAUUGAACUCUUUGAAAAAGAUGUACUUAAUGCACCGUCUUUAUUAUUAUUUAAAUGUAUAAUUUAAAUGCACUGUAAUCACGUUAAAUGUUAAAAUAUAAGAUUACAUAAAAAUAUAACAUG